GCAGUGCGUGUUUUUGUCAGCGCUAGUUUUCGUUUUGAUCAGAGCCAUGCUGACUGCCGUUACUGGCGGUUGUAGCUGUGUGGUGUAAUACUGGCGGUCGAUACUCGCAAAGUUAAUGGUUUGCACUGAAGUAAUCGCCUUUUUCAGCCGAGUCUAUCAGGCCCAGCAAUGAUUCGCACCUCAUCAACACAAUGCUCGCAAGCAAAGCCAACGUUAAAAGAUGCUUUACGCACUGCCUGUGCGACCCCUGCAGCAGCUAACAUCGAUAAAAGUGAAGACGAGUUGUUCGUCGAGCUCUACGUUUCCCCCAGCAAGCGAUCGGACGCAGAAAGCUCAGUUCCUCGCUUUCAUUACAAACUGCCUUCUGACGACAACGUGUUGUCGCAGAAAUUGAGGGGGGAGGCUCGCGCACUGCUUCUAGAGCGACGUAACGCCGAACUUUUGGACCACGAUGAAUUGAAGACGCUCAUGGACGAAUUGGCCAAUGUGUCUUCUCCUCCAAUCGUUCAUGAAAAAGCCAUGCUCAACUACGCAGAUUUCAAGAAAGUGUCGAAACGUUGCGGCGAAAAAUGUCAGUCGUUCUUCACUGCCAAGAUGUUCGCCAAGUUGCUGCAAAAGGACCCAUACGGCCGAAUAUCUGUGGAUGACUUCUUCAACUACGUCAUGAAGAAGGUGUGGAUGCAACAGUCUCGUGUUAACCUUUCUUUGUACGACGUUUCAGGUCAAGGCUACCUGAGAGAGCUUGACCUAGAAGCAUACAUAAAGGAUCUUAUACCCAGCCUGCCUCAGAUUAACGGCAUUGAGCAAACGUUUCACUCUUUCUAUGUGUGCACAGCUUUGCGGAAGUUCUGCUUUUUUCUCGAUCCCUUGCGGACUGGAAAGAUAAAGAUACAGGACAUCCUAUGUUGCUCGUUCCACGACGACCUUACUGAGCUGCGAAGCGACAAGCUGACCAGUACAGAUUUGGACACGAACUGGUUUUCCGCCACAUCGGCCCUGAAAGUUUAUGGCGACUACCUCAAUUUGGACAGGAACCGUAACGGGAUGUUAAGCAAAAGUGAGCUGGCCAGGUAUGGCAAGGGAACACUGACGCAGGCAUUUAUCGACAGAGUGUUUCAGGAGUGUCAGACUUAUGACGGGGACAUUGACUACAAGACAUACCUCGACCUUGUCUUAGCCUUGGAAAACCGCAAAGAGCCACAGGCACUGCAGUUUUUCUUUCGUAUUCUAGAUAUUAAUGGUCGUGGUUACCUGGAUGUCUUCUCACUCAACUAUUUCUUCCGAGACAUACAGGAGCAGAUGAGAAAACAUAACCAGGAACCUGUAAAGUUUGAGGAUGUAAAAGACGAAAUCUUUGACAUGGUUAAGCCAGAGGACCCAUGCAAAAUUACUCUUAAGGACCUUAUACGUUGUGGUAAAGGCAGCACAGUAGUCAGCAUCCUCAUAGACGUCAAUGAAUUCUGGGCCUAUGACAACAGGGACACACUGGCUGCAGAUGUCUAAUUGCUACAUGGUCAGCGUUCAAGUUGUUUUCUCUGUAAUCUUGGACUUCAUGUGGUGAUAUCAUUAACAGCAUUGGUUAGCUGCUGGCCUGUUUCCACUUAUAGGUUAAUACCUUCAAGCGUCAAAUAAUUGUUUGUUAAAAAUUUAGAUUUAACACAUUUCAUGCAUCUUCAGCAUCACUAAGCUAAGCUGAGCAUUAUUACCCUGCCUCUGUUGAUUACUUAUAAUAAAUUCUUAUUUUAAUUAUA